AUGGCCUCGUCACUCGUCCUCUGUCUUGUGUCACUGCUGAUGGCGACGAUCUCGACGACGACGUCCACGCCGCAGGAAUUGAAUCGAGAUGCAAACUCAGACCCGACCGAUCGGCCCUCUGGAAGCCCGGGGCGAUCGGAGACGCCCGAGAUGUCUGGCGGUCCGUGGCGCAGCAUCCAGGCCGAGCUGGUGCACAAGGACCACCCGCUGCGGGCAGCUCCGGGGAGCCUGUCGUUAAAGGAGAGAGCGGAGCGCGACUUCUUGUCGAGCAGGAGGCGGUCGGAGUUGCUGCGGUCGCGGCACGAGCGGUGGCUUGCGGCCGGCGACGGCGUGCUGCCGACGUACGUGAGCAACCUGACGUCGAGCGUGAACGAGGCCGAGUACGUCAUGACGAUCUCGCUGGGCACGCCGGCGCAGAACUUCGUCGCGAUCGCGGACACGGGAAGCGACCUGACGUGGCUGCAGUGCCAGCCGUGCGCGCACUGCUUCCCGCAGGCGGACCCGCUGUACGACCCGUCGAGGUCCUCGUCGCACGCCAACCUGACCUGCAUUGACAGCGCGUGCCAGAGGUUCACGUCGCAGUACCCGGGCUCGAGUUACUCCAACUGCCCGCUGCAGUCGAGCUCGAGAUCGAACGCGAGCUGCAACUUCUCCUACUACUACGGCGACGGCUCCAACACGACGGGCGACCUCGUCGUCGACACAAUCCACCUAACGUCCACCGACGGCGCCGUCGCGGACGUGCCAAACUUCGCCUUCGGGUGUUCGCAGAGCAGCUUCAGCGACUCGGGCCUCUCCACGACUAACGCCGACGGGCUCGUCGGGCUCGGCCAGGGCGACAUCUCCUUCCCGUCGCAGCUCGGCGCCAGCUUCGGCAACAUCUUCUCCUACUGCCUGGUCCCCCCCAGCGCGACGCUGACAAGCCGUCUCCUCUUCGGGAGCGCCGCGCUGUCCAACGCGACGGGCAUCCAGUACACCCCGAUGCUGUCCAACUUGACGACGUUCUACUUCGUCGGGCUCCAGGCCAUCAGCGUUGCGGGCCAGCCGCUGGACAUCCCCAGCUCCGUCUUCGCCAACAACGGCACCGACGGCGGGACGUUCUUCGACUCCGGCACGACGAUCACGCAGUUGGAGCCCCAGGCGCUGGACGCGCUGGUCACCGCGCUGGCCGCCGCGAUUCCCUUCCCGCAGAUCCCCAGCACGAUAAGCGGCUCCGAUCACUGCUGGAACGCGUCGGGCCUGACGAACGCCGAUAUCGGCGCGCGCGUCCCGACCGUCUCGUUCAACUUCACCGGCGCCAACUACGACCUGUCCUACGACAAUACGUUCUUGACCUUCGACGACGCGAGCUUCUGCCUGAACAUCGGCCGCGGCGUGCUCGGGUCGGGGUCCAUUAUCGGCAACUACCAGCAGCGCAACGUCUACGUGGUCUACGACCGCGCCAACAGCCAGAUCGGGUUCGUUCCGCGCAACUGCAGCGACGCAGUUUCCGUCUAGCCUUCUACCAACACCGGGACGUCGUCCGCUUCCAGGUCUGCGUCCGCCGGCACCAGGUUCAGAGCCGGCCUGGAGCGCGUGAUGACGCGCGUCCUCCUUCUACAAAUGUUAUCGGUCAUUUAUUUAUAUCUUUUAUAGAGUGUUGUAGAUAUCUCCCGUCGCUAGCUUAGGAGGGUUUUAGAUUUUGCCAUGAUUCUCUGCUUGUAAGAAAACGCCGUGCCAAAACUCUGUCAAUGUACAUUUGUAGAUAUUACGUCUGCAGCCUUCGCAAUCCAAAGCUUUUGUGAGCUCUGUUGCCCACAACU